CGCGCAGCCGCGUCCACCAUUGCAGGCCGAGUCGGCCCGCUAGACGGAGGAGUUUUCGCAGCCUCUUACCCGCGCCCUGGGGGAGUGUCACCGAGCCCCUGUCCCUGGAGGGUGACUUCCUGUGGACCCCCAGAAGUCUGCAGGCCUGACAGCAUCCCUGUGAGGAAGCCCGAGGCCCCAGCCUGGGGGCCCUGGGGGCCCAGAUGCUGGAGCAGGGAGGUCUGCCCUCUGAGGGCGCCAGCCCACACCAAAGCCCAGGGGAGGAGGUGGAUGAAGGCAAGGCCCCCCCCUGUGCCCCAUCGGACACUUCCAAGGUGAAGGAGCCCGUGACCUUCAGGGAUGUGGCCGUGGACUUUACCCCUGAGGAGUGGGGGCGUCUGGGCCCGGCUCAGAGGCAGCUGUACCGGGACGUGAUGCUGGAGACCUACCGGAACCUGGUCUCCCUGGGGCUUUCCAUUCCCACACUGGCUGCCGUCUCCCACCUCGAGCAAGAAGAGCCAUGGAUGGCUGAGGGGGAGGCCCCAAGUGGCCCCCAUCCAGACCCAAAGACUAGACCUGAAACCAAAGAGUCAAGCCAAGGUUGGGAUAUUUCUGAAGGAGGAAUAUCCCAUGGGAUGAUGGGAAGAUUUGUCCAGGAUGGUCCUGGGAAGCCCAGUAUGAGGGAAGCUUGGACGUGUGAUGGGCAGUUAAAAGAGCAGCAGGAGAGACAUUGCAAGCAUAUGUUUGUCACCAAUGAGCAAAUGCAAUCCGGGGACACAGGCUCCGAAUGGGAUGAAUGUGAGAAAAGCAUCAGUCUGAGACCAUGGCUGAUUGUACACCAGAAUAUCUCCUGGGCUGGAGAGAGGGCCUGUAAACACGAGGUGAGUGGGAAAAGCUUCAAGCAGCUUACUCACUUGAUGAACCAUCCAAUCAUCUGUGCACAGACGAAACCUGAUAUGUACAAUGAAAGUAGGGAAGACCUUCUGCUUGGCUCACCCCCCAGAAGCCAUCCUAGAGGGAAGCCCUACAAAUGUAAAGAAUGUGGGAAAGCCUUUAGCCAAAACGCACUUCUUACCAAACACCUGAGAGUUCACACUGGAGACAAGCCCUAUGAAUGUAGUGAUUGUGGCAAAGCCUUCAACCAGACUUCACACUUGAGGCAGCAUCGGAGAAUUCAUAAUGAAGAAAAACCCUUUGAAUGCAAUGAAUGUGGGAAAGCUUUCAGGGUGAGCUCAUCCCUUACUGAGCAUUGGAGGACUCAUACUGGGGAAAAACCCUAUCAGUGCAAUGAAUGUGGUAAAGCUUUCAACCGGAGUACCCACCUUACACAGCACCAGAGGAUUCAUACUGGAGAGAAGCCCUUUGCCUGUAAUGAAUGUGGGAAGGCCUUCAACCGGAGCACACUCCUUACUCAGCAUCAAAGAAUUCACACUGGAAAGAAACCCUAUGAAUGUGAUGAAUGUGGGAAGGCCUUCCGAGUGAGCUCAUCCCUCACUGAACAUCGGAGAAUUCACACUGGAGAGAAGCCCUAUGAAUGUAAUGAAUGUGGGAAGGCCUUCAACUGUAGUAAACUUCUUACUCAGCACCAAAGGAUUCACACUGGAGAGAAACCCUAUGAAUGUAGCCAGUGUGGGAAAGCCUUCAACAAGAGCCCAAACCUUACUCGGCAUCAAAGAAUUCACACUGGAGAGAAACCCUACAUAUGCAGUGAAUGUGGGAAAACCUUCAACCAGAGUACCCACCUCAUUCAACACCAGAGAAUUCACACUGGAGAGAUUUUCUAUGAUCCUGUAACCAACACAUACCUGUGAACGUCCCUUGGGUACUUGAAGUCUGCUGUGGUUACCUACUGAGUUUACCCUUGGGCUGAUGCAAAGAAGGGUCCCUCAGUCUGUCCAUUGGUAUGGUGGUUUGACAGGAAGUGUUUGGAGUUGUCCACAAAUUGUUGCCCUUGGGUUUCCCCUUUGGGAAGGGUCUUGCUGCCAUGUUCAUUGGAAGUGAAGCUUUUCAUUUCCCCAGGCCAACCAGAGAAUUCCUUAGACCAUAUUGAUACCAAAUUUCUUCUCCAGAGCUAGUCGGAGAAUGGAGAAGUUUUAGACCAGAUGGGAGUAAUGGAAAGACAUUGCCACUGACUUGUUCCAUGAACAGGUGGGUGAAGUAGCCACAGGGGCUUUUUGCUUAGCCUCUGUGGGCUUGGGUGCUGGAGAUCCAGGAGUGAUGAUUCCCCCAGGUAACAGCAUUCUCAUUUAUCUCCAUUCUAUAUUUCCUUUUUUCUUUCUCACCUUGCUUUCUACUCUCCCCUCACAUCACUGGAGAGAGAAUUAGAAGGUGUGAGUGGGGCAGGAGUGGAGCAGCAGGUCACAGAGAAUGGUUGGGACCUUUAUGGAAGAUGUUUUCCCCUUUUGUGGGAGUUAGUCACCAUGUUGACAUCACCAUUGCUGUGAUGGGAUAGUGAUUCUCUGUUACCUUUGGUGGGCUUUGUCUUCCAUAUAUAAUCUGUGGUUGGCGAGUGAGGUGGGAAAUGAGAGUACAGACAGCUGACUGGCUUGCACCUGGACAGAGAGUCAAAAUCCCCUCUGUCCCACCUACCCCCUGACAUUCCUGGGAAUCCUCGGGGAGGGCUUCUGCCCUCUGAUACACACACACACUGCUGUGUGCACUAAGGAAAGUCAAUAAAUACUUGUCCCUUCAUUUUAUGUAGCUGUCAUUACUAAGGUGUCCUUUCUGCCAUUUUGAGGUUCCCAGGCUGCCACCGGGUAAUGGCAAAGAAUUUUGGAAGUGAGAAGCUUUUCCUGACCAUCAGGCCUAACACGCCCUCAUCCCCUCCAAUAGAAUCAGAUUCACAAAGACUAGAUUUCAUUCCCGGCCUUAGCUGGGCUGGGGUGGUGAGCAUAUCGCAUGCCAGUGUCCUCUCAACCUGUGUGCGAAGUGUUGGGGUGGCAGAACAGAGACUCGGUGAAGUGGUUCACCUACCUCACAGCAGACCCAAACGUGAAUAGCUUUCCUAUUCAUAAUCAGAUAUCAAACCAGGAGGGACCUGAGAUCAUCGACCCAGCCCUGUCAUUUUUCAGAGGAGAAAAUGAAAGUGCUUGCCCAAGGUCACACAGUUCAAGUUCCUUAUGAAGAAAGGGGCAGAGGCAGUAUUUAGCCCACGUCAUCUACUCCACUAGCUAGUAGCAAAACCUCGUUCAGUCGUUUUUUAGUUGUGGCCAACUCUUCAUGAUGUCAUAUGGGGUUUUCUUGGCAGAGAUACUGGAGUGGUUUGCCAUUUCCUUGUCCAGCUCAUUUGACAGGUGAGGAACUGAGGCAGACAGGGUUAAGUGACUUGCCUAGGCUCACAUGUAUACUAAGUGUCUGAGGCUGGAUUCAAACUCAUACAGAUGAGCCUUUCUGAUUCUCCAAGCCCCAGGCUCUAUCCACUGUGCCAUCUAACUGCCCCCUUGCUAGAAGCAAAACCUACUUAACCUUGUAACUGAGGACUCUAGCUUCCCAGUGCAUCCCAAGGAGAAUAUGAUAGUUCUGGUGUUAAAUGUGCUGCCUGGGUCUGAGUCCUGGCCCUGCCCCUCAUCAACCAUGCCCCUUGACUGGUCCAUUUGCUUGUCUAACCCUCUGUCAGUGGCAUGAUUUGGACUGGGUCAUCUCUAAGGACCCACCUCUGGGUUAAUGCCCACUACGUAUCUUUAUUUGGGGAAACAGCCCCAUUCUUUCAUCUUAGAAGAGUCAACGGGAUGCUGCUGUUGAGCCUCUGCCAGGGGAAGAAUUUUUGAUUGGGAAGCAGUGGGAGUGACAAGAAGAUGGUCUUCUUCUGGGUGAAUUCUACAUCAUAACCCCAGGAGGAUGGGCCCAACACAGACAUCGUCCACCCUUCCCCACACCCACCCCUCACUCCUUCUCAAAGACUGGCUUUCUCUUGACACCGCCAUUCUUCAGUCCCAAGUUUGAACCCUUGGAUCCGCUGGGACCCCUCACUUUCCCUUAUCUCCCAGUUUGGAACAUUCUACUUCCAUGCCUAAUACUGACCUAGACUCCUGAGGUUGUCCUUAGCGUAGUUGGACUAUUGCAGUGGCCUCUCCUUUGAUCUCUCUACUCUGGCUCCCCACCCCCAAUUCAUUCACAAUCUCACAACGGCCAACAUAAUAUUUCUAAGACGGAUAUUACCCAGCUGUUCCUCUGCUCAAGAGUCUGCAGGAGCUCCCUUUUGCCUCUAGAACAAACUAGAAGUGUCUGGGACCUCCCUGGACCUCAGUUUCUUCUGUAAAAGGAAGGUUCAUGAUCCUUGGAAGCUGCUGUGGAAGUGUGGAAAGAGCAGAGCAUUUGGAGUCAGGGGACCUGGGUUCAUAAAUGGCUCCAAAAUGUGCUUCAUCUGAAGUUCCCAUUCUUGGCUUCCUGUUUCUGCUCACUGAGCCCCAGGGAUCUUUGUGGAGUGUCCUCUGGGCAGUGGGUGGGCUGGAGGUGUUGCUGUCUUUCUCAAGAGGUAGAGGCUGAAGCCAGAAGGACAUCGGAGCUGCUGGACUGGACCCCAAGGUGUCUCCCAGCUCCAAAUCUAGGAUUCUGUGGGCCCUUGGAGAGCCCCGAAUGGGAGAGCUGGGCAGCUCCCUCAGCCAGUCAGCGACAUGGCUGAACCGUGUCCCUGGGACCUGGUAACUCCAAGCCCACUGAAGGUACAGAGAGGUGAAUGAGGAACAUUCCUCCAGCCAGGCCAUCUCCUGUUGGGAAAGAGGCUGCCUGGGGCAGGGAGUGGAGGUUGAGGGGAUAAGGGGGGACCAUAUAGAUUAUGAAGUGAUGCACACCCCCCUCAAAUGUCCGGCUUUUUAUUUUUCCCCCAGGGCAAUGAGGGUUAAGUGACUUACCCAGGGUCACACAGCUAGUGUCAAGUGUCUGGGGCCGGAUUUGAACUCAGGUCUCCCUGAAUCCAGGGCCAGUGAUUUAUCCACUGUGCCACCUAGUUGCCCCUAGCUUCCUCAUUUCUAAACAAACCAGAGGCCCUGUUGUUGAUCAUUUGCAUAAUAAGGCUGUCACUAGCAUGCAAUGGAAAGACUAAAAUAAAAGAUAAAGAGUAGUUGACCCGGUGAUAGUCUUCCAAGUAGAAGCAGCUUUGGAAGCCCUGGAGACAAGUCACUGGGGCAAGUAGAGAAAGGGACUUGUCUAAGCCACCAGAUAAGAAAAGCCAGCCCCUCUGGCUCCCCAACUGCUGUACCUCAAUGCACCUAAAGGGAGGACACACGGGGGAGGGGGAGGGAGAGAUGGGGAGGAAAUCUGUCCAUCUUUAAACUGUGCCCCACUGUGCUGCAUCCUCAACAAAGGUCAUCGUCCCCCAUGCCCACUCAGUCACCAAAUUGACCUCACACCUAGAUCAUUGCUAUAGCGGCUUGGGGGGGUGGGGGUGGGGUGGAGAGUUCUUUAGACUCCUCCUUUCCAUCUUGCACUAGGCUGCCAAAAUGGUUUUCCUGGGACACAAGUCCUGCCCCUUCACUUCCCUACCUCGCAAACUCCAGUGGCUCCCUGUGGCAUCCAGGAUCAAAUAGGGAGUCUUGAUUUGGUUCCUGAAAUCCUUUGUGUCCUGGCUCCAGCCUUUCCAGCCUUGAGCUUUUCACCUUUACAGACCAUGGUCUGGUCAAGUUGGCCUUUCUAUUACCUGAUAUUAAAAGCUCCCACUCCUAUGGGGUUUGUAUUAGCUGUACCCAGUGUCCCCAUUGGCUCCCUCCGAGAUUCACCUCCAACCCUAACUUCACAGGGAGAAGCUGCCCUAUCCCAAUAUCCUUAUCCCCAUCCCUCAAUUACUAAUUUUCUAUAUAUUCCCAUCCAAGGAUUGGUUCACAUAGUAGAUAUAUUAUUGACUGACUGCCUAUAUGUACCAUCUCCCUUUUAGGCAGCUGGGUGGUGCAUUGGACAGAGCAUUGGGGCUGGAGAACACUCAGGGAAGACCGAGUUCAAAUCCAGCCUCAGAUACUUCCUAGCUAUGUGACCUGGGCAAGUCACUUAACUGCUGUCUCUUAGUUUCCUGAACUAUAAAAUGGGGAUAAGUAUAGCACCUCUCCCAAAUACCCUUUAAUCCCUUCACAGGGAGGGCAGAGUUGGGCUUUCCACUCCUUGGGGCUUCUGGCUCUGCCUUAUGUAGGGGAAGACAACUGAGCUAAGAAGCCAGGAGAGAUGUUGCCCUUCAUUUUUCAGAAGCCUCUAUCCUGCUCCACAAAUAGGCAUGGUUCUCAACCUCUCCUGCUGCAGAAGGGGAACCCAUGAUUACAUAUAGUCUGGCAGCUCUGGGGAUACACACUUUUUUUUUUUUUUUGGCAGGGCAAUCAAGGGUUAAAUGACUUGUCCAGGGUCACACAGCUAGUAAGUGUCAAGUGUCUGAGUUUGAAUUUGAACUCGGGUCUUCCUGAAUCCAGGACUGGUGCUUUUAUCCACUGCACCACCUAGCUGCCCUCUGGGAUACACACUUUCACUUUCCCUUCCUGGGGUGAUCAUCCGAAGGAUUACAAGGAAAGUGGUUGCAAUAGGCUUUAGAAGCAGAGAGGUACAGGAUUAUAAGAGCAAUAGUAUUGGAAAGGAAGUGAGAUUAUGAAAUAUAAAAAAAAAUGAAAACAAUUCUUUGAUUUGGAUUAAUCAGAACAACAGACAACAAUGGGAUAUUGGGAAGAGGGGAGGAGAGGAAGCUCACAAGCGAAUACCUCAAUUUUUACGUCAAGUACGAGGCAGGGUCUCAGCUGAGAGAUUGGGGGGAGAGGGAGCCAUAGUAGGCUUUAGGAGGACUGAGGAGUUUGGAAGAGCUGCUGUGGAGUGUGAGAGAGGGGUUGAUAAGGGAACUAGAAUAGGAUUGCUGGCAGCAGUGAGGGCCCAGUGGAUUGUGUCACACAAAGAUCAAGGACCAGUUAGAACGUGAUUUUUUCCCUACAAUCAGCAGCAGGUAAGAAGGUAAGGAAUGGUGGGGAAUGACCCAGGGACUGAGAACAGGGCUUAAUCGGGGAUGUGACAAAAAGAUUAAGGAUUCAUGAGAGGAGGACAGUGUAGAGAUGAAGUGGU